UAUGAAAGCACUGUUUAAUAAAGUGCGAUCGCUAAAUUCGGUUGUAUUCAGUUUUGAUGAAAAUACUUGGAGCAAAGUGACAAAAGAUAAACGAAAAAAUGAUUAUUUUCGUGUAUACGGUCAUUUGUGCAGUAUUUCUAAGCGAGCGUAAUGGUGCUUUUGGUGGUGCCAUUUCUUCGAAGAACUCAAUGCCAAUAACAGGCGAUGAUUUUAAUAUUGAUGAACUCGUAUAUCAAGGAGAUCCCAUUAAAUUUUCGUGUAUAACAACAGAUUCACAACACGAAUUUUACAUAACUGAUGUAAAUGGAAGCAUUCCGUCAGCUUUAGUUGAACGACUAACUAAUGGAAAGGAUCUAUCGUUGUUUUUUCAUGAUUUUAUGUAUACAGUCGACUCUUCAUUCGAUCUGCUUUAUGCGUUUGCUAAAGAAUGGUACCAGGCAUCCGAAAAAAAUAUUUGUAUCGUCUCGUAUGCAUAUUCAAAAAGUUCAUCGAAACCCUUAAGCAUGAAUCUUAUUUUAAGUAAAAUGGUGGCAACACGACGACUUGAAUAUGCGGCAAAGAUGACACGCGAUUUGUUAUUGGGAGUACGACAAAAUUGUCUUAAUAUCAAAUGGUAUAAAAGGUCAUGCCUAAAACAUUUGUCACAAGUUGAUGUGACUGGUUUUGGAUUCGGUGCACACAUUGCCAGCCGAACUUGUCAAUACUUGUUUGAAAAAACCAGCGAAAAGGUCCGAUUGCUAUUGGCUUUGGAUCCUUUGAGAUCACCUCCCAUUGGAGCAAGAAUAAAGAAUACCAUCAAGAAAGGAAUUGCUAGCUAUGUUCAAGUUAUUCAUACCUCCCAAAUGUUUGGAAUAUGGGAUAAAAUUGGAGAUAUGGACAUAUACGUAAAAUAUGAGCCCGAGAAGAACUUACUUGCUAUAAAUGAUGAGCAUUUAGUUGCAUUUUUCAUUCAUCUUGCAACAUCUACUAAGCGACUUUUUAUGGCGGCCAAAGUGAGUGUAAACGGCAAUGGCACCGUAUUGAGAAGUAAUGGACCAACGUCUGUUCAACCAAUAAAUUUUGAUUAUAUAAUCGGUGUGUAUGGUAGACAUGACUGGGUUUGUGAUGGAGAUGUAUUUGGCCUUUCGUUAAUAAAUCGUAACACAGUUUUCUGGGGUGCAAUUGGCAACUUUUCCAAACACGAAAUCUUUUUGGGGACUCAGGCACUUGAAAAAGAUAAAAGUGUAUCGGAAGACAGCGAUGAUUGCAUAUUAUGCUUUGAAAAUGAGAAAAAUGCCCUUUUACUACCAUGUAAUCAUCGGGAAAUAUGUCAUUCUUGUUGGGAUAUGUGGGAAGAUAUGCCACGAGACUCAGUAUAUUCAACGUGUCCAAUUUGCAGACAAGAAGUGGAUGAGGUAAAGAUCAAAAGUGGAUAGGAUUUUGCCAACUUUCCUCAACAUUUUGUCACUUGAUACUUUGAUACAAAAAUUGAAAUAAACAACAAAACAACAAAAUAGA